AUGAGUGUUCCGGUGGCUCCUAAGAAGUCAUGUUACAGCGAGUUACGGGACAGCAGAAACGGAGCAAAAAAUAACGACCGAGUCCUGAGUUUGGGAGAUGCCAAUGCCAACCCCAUCAUGUUGGAAGUUGGCUCCUCUUCUGAUGAGCCUGCCACGUGUGCUCUGCCAGAGGAAGUUGGAAAUGCAAAUUCGAGGGGACCAGAGAGUAGUCCCCGUGUCCCGAAGGAGUUUCACCCACUUCAGGGCUUUGCGAAGCCAUCUCAGGCUGGCCCCACCGGUCUGAAGGAUUUUAAAUUCUCUCCGAUGGCUCAGAGAGAACGGAAUGAAGAGCCCGAGCUGGAGAGAGGCGCAGACCACCCCCAGGCCCUUCGGGGUCUCCAGGGGCCAGGUCUGCCGAGUCGGAGGACUGUCAUGAUGGGGGAGUCCAGCCUGGAAGUUCUGGCUAAGCGGGAGGCUGAUGUCCCCCGGCCUGUCCCCAAGGAUAAGUCGGCCAAGACCCUUGACAAUGAGGAACUGAGGAGGCAUUCUUUGGAAAGAGCUAGCAGUUCUGCUGCAGCAGUGGAGGUGCUCACAAAGGAGUGGGCUGGGGGCCUGGCCUGGCCGCUUCCACAAUCCACAGGGCUGGGGUCCCCAGAAGCCCCGCAUCCGGUGCCCGGUGGAGGGGAGGGGCCACCGAAGACGGGGACAGCCCCUUCUCCAGGGCCGCCUUGUCCUCCGGUGGACGGGACCUCAGAGGGAAAAGGCGCACGUCAUCCUAAACCAUCUACCUCAGUCACCAUGGAGACUGUCCCCUUAGAGACCCAGCCAGAGAGGGGACGGGUACCCAAGGUCAGCGCCCAGAGCACAGUACCUUCUGCCCAUCCAGAAUGCGCUCUUGAUUGCUCUCCAGCCUCGAAGGAUGUCCUGAGGAGGCCAGAAGCACAAGCAGGUCCGGGGAAGGUGGAGCCCAAGACAGAGCUGAAACCUGUCCAGCCCGGGGCCAUGCAGGAGCCCAAGUCCACCCAGGUGGGGGACCUGGGGUGUAAUCAGGGGCAUGGCAUGUCACCUCUUGGGAGAAAGGAGCCAGCUGGCGAGACGCAGCCAGGAGCCUCGGCUGCUGGGUUGAGCAGCCUGGCACAUGGCGUUCCCCACCCCCCGGCCACGGGAAGAGACAGAGGUGAGCCGGAGAGGGGAGGUGAGGACGGGUCUCUCCGAACCACCCCCAAACCGAGCCCCGGUUCCUCACGAGCUGCAGAUCAGCAACCCACGGCCCGAAGUUUGCCAAGCACAGCUCGGAAGCUGGGUGAAACGGUGCCCAAUGGCAUGUCACCAGGGGAUGGUCACAUAGCUUUUGUUCCUGGAGAUUCGACUGACAGCAGGCCCUCUGGUGCCAGUGAUGAGAGAGGUGUCCUGAGAGAUGGGAACAAUGUCAGCACUAUGGUUUUUGACUCAGAUUCCUCCGUUGGAGAGAGAGAAACUGGGGUCCCUAAGCCCCCCGCCCCUCCAAGCAGCCGCUCAGAAGCCGAGGAAGGCCAAGAGGUCUCUCUAUCUGUUGCAGAGACCAGGAACCAUCUAGAACCUGCAGUGAAGACUGAAAGCCCCUCCCCAGCGAGGGCAGAUGUCCUUCUUGGUGUCCCCACGUCCCUCUACCCAGAGACAACUGUGAAUGUGGCCCGCCAGCCCCCGCCACCCAGCAGCCGCUUUCAGGACUUGGGCGCAUCAAGUGUGGAUGUGGGGUCCCCCCCGGCUGCCCUGCCUCCCGCUGACAGCACCGGGUUGUCACACACCUCCCCCAAAGUGCCUGCCAAGAACGCCUGCCCUGGGGGCCUCCCCUGUCCGGAGGACACACCCACCUCACUGGAGGGGACGGUGGGCCCUCCAGUUGAAAAGAGGGAAGAGCGGGCGGACCCCAGGCCCAUUGUGAUGCCCAAGCCCAAGCACGUGAGGCCCAAGAUCAUCACCUACAUCCGGAGGAGCCCGCAGGCCCUCGGCCAGGUGGACGCGUCGCUGGUUCCCGUGGGGCUCCCUUAUGCUCCGCCCGCGUGCAGCGUGGCUCUCCCCAAAGAGGACAAGGCGGCAGGUGGUGACCUGAAGCCGGCUGCUGGCCUCUACGAGAAGUUCAAGCCGGACCUACAGAGGCCCCGGGUGUUCAGCUCUGGACUAGUGGUAUCGGGGAUCAAGCCCCCAGGACAUCCCUUCAGUCCAAUGAGUGAGAAGUUUUUGCAGGAGGUUGCAGAACGCCCUGGAAAAGAAGAAUUUUGUUCUCCUCCCUAUGCUCAUUACGAAGUUCCCCCAACUUUCUAUCGAUCGGCCAUGCUCCUUAAGCCCCAGCUGGGAUUGGGUGCGAUGUCACGUUUACCGUCUGCCAAGAGCAGGAUCCUGAUUGCGAGUCAGAGGUCUUCAGCGGGUGCCAUCCACCCACCGGGAACCAUAGCCGCAGCUGCCAGUCUCUACAAUUCCGACCCUGCAGCAGAUUUAAAGAAAGCUUCCAGUUCAAAUGCUGCAAAAUCCAACCUACCCAAAUCUGGACUUCGUCCUCCUGGCUACUCGCGUCUCCCCGCAGCCAAGCUGGCAGCCUUCGGUUUCGUCCGGAGCUCCAGCGUGUCCUCGGUGUCUAGCACCCAGUCGGCGGACAGCGCCCAGCCCGAGCCCGGCCGGCUGGCCAACCGUUCAGCCUUUGGAACUGAAGACCAACCACCUCUAAAGGCAGCUCUCCCUGCCAAAGACACACCCAAAGGCGCUGGCCGGGCGCCCCCUCCGGCUUCCUCCAGUGCGACAACACCCCGCAGGAGUUUGCUUCCGGCGCCAAAAUCCACAUCCACACCGGCUGGAGCCAAGAAAGAAGUACAAAAAGAGCAAGAUGCCAAUAAACCUGCAGUUUCAUCUCCUAAGAGGACAGCGGCUUCAAGCACCAAGCUUCAUUCGCCAGGGUACCCCAAGCAGAGGACCACGGCCCCCCGCAACGGGUUCUCCCCGAAGCCGGACCCGCAGGCCCGCGAGGCGGAGCGGCUGCUGGUACAGCGGCUGAAGGAGCGCUGCGAGCAGCAGGCCCGACAGCUGGGGCUCGCGCAGGCGGAGCUGAGGACCGCCGUCCGCGGCUUCCAGGCGCUCGCCGUGGCCACGCAGCUCUUCUUCGGGAAGAAUGAAAGUGCCCUUGUGAAAGAGAAAGAGUUGUCAAUCGAGCUUGCAAACAUCAGGGAUGAAGUUGCUUUCCACGCGGCCAAGUGUGAGAAGCUGCAGCGGGAGAAGGCGGAGUUGGAGCGGCGCUGUGAGGCAGAGGUACGGAACCUGGGCUGGCAGCAGGAGGCCGAGCUGCGGGACCUGGAGCGGCGGCUGCAGCUGCAGUUUGAAACCGAGGUGGCCCGGCUCCAGGAGGAGCACCACGCGCAGCUGCUGCGGAUCGGGUGUCAGCACCAGGAGCAGGUGGAAGACAUCACCGCCAGCCAUGAGACUGCGCUCCUAGAGAUGGAGAACAGCCACACACUCACCCUCGCGAUCCUGCAGGAUGACCACGAGCACAAGGUCCAAGAACUGAUAUCGACCCACGAGCUUGAAAAGAAAGAAUUGGAAGAAAACUUUGAAAAGCUGCGGCUGUCAUUACAGGACCAAGUGGACACACUGACCUUCCAGAGCCAAUCUUUGCGGGACCGAGCCCGGCGCUUCGAGGAGGCUCUGAGGAAAAACACGGAGGAGCAGCUGGAGAUUGCCUUGGCUCCUUAUCAGCACUUGGAAGAAGACAUGAAGAGUCUGAAGCAGGUGUUGGAGAUGAAGAAUCAACAGAUACAUCAGCAGGAAAAGAAGAUUCUUGAGCUGGAAAAGCUGGCAGAAAAGAACAUUAUCCUGGAAGAGAAGAUCCAAGUUCUCCAGCAGCAGAAUGAAGACCUCAAGGCCAGGAUCGACCAGAACACCGUGGUCACGAGACAGCUGUCGGAGGAGAACGCCAACCUCCAGGAAUACGUGGAGAAAGAAACGCAGGAGAAGAAGAGAUUGAGCCGAACCAACGAAGAGCUGCUAUGGAAGCUCCAAACCGGGGACCCGACCAGCCCCAUUAAACUGUCCCCCACAUCCCCCGUGUAUCGCAGCUCCUCCUCCGGGCCCUCCUCUCCCGCCAGAGUCAGCAUGACGCCCAGAUGACGCCACCACGCUGCGGGCCGAGCUGCGGCGCCCGGUCCACGAGGGCUCCCACCUGCGGGGAGUGGUGACCGCCACGGGCCGGCCCGCCUGGCCCCGCGCGCAUGCCCAGUCGCUGCGUCGCGGCCUUCCGUGCGCGCAUGCCCAGUCGCUGCAUAGCCGCAUCCCAGGCCGAGCCCUCUUCUAACCCUCGUGUGUAGGACUGUCCCAGGACGGGCACUUAGAAACGUGUAAAAGGUAGUGUCUCAUGUGCAAACGUUCGGCCAUAGUCAGAGCCAAAAGAAGGAAAUGCCAGUUGUCCUUGAGCAAUGAACUUUCACUGCAGAAUUUCAGGUUAGUUAACAGCUCAGUUUUGACUAUCCAUUGAAUAAUCUUUGUGUACUGCACCGGAUAUGUGUGUAUAUUUAGAUACACGUAUAUACACAUGCAGCGGUUCUGAAUUGCAUUUUUUAUAACAUUAAGUGCUGACGUAUUUUGGUGACGGUCAGCAGUUUUCUAACUCGUGCCUAAGAAUUAUUGGGAAAUGAAAAUGCAUUUCUAUCUACCUUCCCAGGAAUAUUUCUACCCAAAAUAGAAAAAGGAAAAAAAAAAAUACAGAGAAGAAGCGCCUUUCGACCUACCACCACGUGGUACUCUGUUUAACACAAACACCAGCCAUUCGUGAACAGUAACUACCUUUGAAACAGUCAGCUUCUUAGUCAACAUGACGUGAGAUCACUAUUACUCCAUCCGCAGAUUUUAUUACUAACAUUCCUGUCCUGAGUGGAUAAGGGGCAGCAGUGAGAAACCCUGAGGGGGAUGAGCAGUUUUUCAGAUUUUAACUCAUGACCAGUGGAUCGCCUAUAGUCUUGUAAACACAAGUUUUGCUUUUUUCCUAAAUGGCAUCUUGGAAUCCAUCAUUUGGCUAUUGCAUCCUUGGGAAAAUAUGGAAGCACAUGACCUUAGAGAAUGAGGGUGAGAAUGGCCUUGGAGUUGGCCAGGACUAUUCAUGCUCCAUCCUCAAGAAGGAAAACUGCUGAUAGGGUCUGUAUUCUGACUAAGCGUAGAGUAGAAGAGUGUCCUCUGGCAUCCUGUUUGAUGUGAUGCUAUAAAUGGCCAAUCCAUCAAAAUAUGACCUUCAGCCCUAUUUCAUUGCCCACCCCCCCCUUCAGUUAGGUUCUGUAACCCAACCUCAUUCUUGUACAUUGAGCAGCUCAGGGGUUCUAGCAGGGGCUUCCAGAAAACCAGUUCUUCGGUCCUGGGGGGAUCAGUUCCUGGUUGUGCUAGAUCAUCACAUGACCUCCCAGAAACCCAGGUGUCUUUUUCUGCUGAGAGAGGUCCCAUCUUUGGCCCAGGAGGUUCUUCCACAGAGAGGAGCCCCAGAAAAUAGCCAGCCAGUGGUCACAGGCUUCUGGCCUGGCAUUUGUCUCCUAAAUGGAUUAGAAUGGGAAAGAGAUUCCUGUAGUGCUGUGGACCAUUAGAAGCAUAAGACACAAAGGAAAGUAGUUUCAGCCAUUUAUACAGUGAUGAUAAUGAUGUCUUUGUUUACUGUUCGUGACAAAGACCCUGUACUUUUCUCCCCAAGGGCCCUCAAAGUGGUCCUGAGCACAAGACUGAUUCUGAGCAAACCCGAGAUAGGCAGACUUAUGUAGAUACACUUUGUGGGGCCAGAGUCACAGAGCAGGAAAGAAACGGCUCAAGAAAGGGGUCCCCAGGCCCAGAGCCCCUGCCUGCUCAUGGCAUAUGCGGCCGGCAUGAAGACAGACCUGGUCUGUGUUCGUUGCAUGGGUCAAGGUUGGGCUUCCUGGCCUCACAUACAUCUCAUUCCUAGCAAACCUCCAGGUCUUUGCCCAUCCUGGGGACAUAGACAGGAGAUACCCAGUGAAGAAACAUUUUUCCGUUUAGUGGAUCUGCAUGACGCUGUGAUGUUGAGUUGGGCAUCCCGUUAGAGUAGAUGAUACCACAUUGACUAAAAUACACGAAUAUGUAUUCUUUUAGCAGGCACCACCUGCAGACACAGUAGCUCAGCCCUCCGAACUAGGAACUGCUUCCAUAAUGGCACCUGCUAAAUGCAGUCACACAGCAAUACAGAUGUCAGUGUUAUGUUAGAAUGUGGUCUGGUGUGUUAGCCUGUUUCAGUCACAGUUGUAGUGGUGUUAGAUCCAAGUAAUCCCCCACUAGGUGACUAGAGCGUGGCUCUAACCAUCCCUGACCUUGGGUACCCAAGCUAAUUCCCACAAUGCCCUGGCUUCCUUUCCUUGUCAUGGACGCCCAUCAUAUAUGGCUCCUAUCCCCAAACUCGAGGGGCAGCAGUGCCCCCCCUUCACCUCUCCCUUCCCCUCCCCAACACUGUUAGGACUUGGACCUCUGUCUCUCUGGUGUCCACCUCCCAGGCUGGAGCUGUUUCCACAGGGAAAUGCUACAGCCUCCCCACCUGUCUUGGACAAACCCACCCAACCUCACCAACCUCUCCUUAGGGUGUGGGGUGCUGUUGGUGCCCUGCCCGCCCCCAGCCCACCACACGCCCUGCGAGGUUCCAGCUGGGUGUCGGAGCAGCGGAUGGGCCGUGGAGCCGGCAUACUUGGUGACCAUCUGAAGGGGGUCACUCGUUGCUUUUCUGGCUGCGGUUUCUGUGUUGCAUUAUUUGUGUUUGAAGCAUAUUAAAAUGAACUUGAGGGA